CUAUUUAUAAUAUCUCACACUCUUUUGUCCUUGAAGACCACACUUGUGAUAUCUUCUUCUCUCUAUUUUCAGCAAUGGCAAGAAAAAUGUGCAUUGUUUUACUCUUCCUAGUUCAAAUGCUACUUCUUCCUCUACAAAACCAUGCUGAAGUUAUUGUGUCCACCGUUGAGGCUCCAGCUCCACAGCCUAGCAAAAACAAUGGCACUACUCAAUUUCCCAAUCAUGGCGUUACUGAAGGCAGUCUUCAACCACAGGAAUGUGGACCACGUUGCACUAAUAGAUGCUCAAACACACAAUACAAGAAGCCAUGCUUAUUCUUUUGUAACAAAUGUUGUGCCAAGUGUUUGUGUGUGCCUCCUGGAACUUAUGGCAACAAGCAAGUUUGCCCUUGCUACAACAACUGGAAGACCAAAAGGGGAGGACCCAAAUGCCCUUAAAAUUUGUAACAUUAUCUUUCAAAAUCUCUUAUAUGCCUUACUACCACCACUAAGGUCUAGCACAAAUUAUUAGUGUCUAAUGUGUGUGAGUAUUGUAAACUCUGGAGUUCGAUUUCUACCUAUAAGAAAAAAUGUCUUGUUACCUUUCAUAUGUAUGUACUAGAAGCACUAGAAUAUGUAUGUGUUUACACAAAAAUAUAAGUAGUCAAAUUUUGUAUUAUCCACUAAAUCGAAAUGAAAUGAUUUGGCUAUUAGUUGCAUCAUAA